UCUGGCUCGCUCUCGCUCUCUUUCCCCCCUCUCCGCCUUUUGUGGUUUUCUCUCUUUCUUUCUCUCUCGGUAGCCGAUGAUUUAAUCAAACAAUUUGUUACCUCCGGACGAGUAGCUUGACGCAAUGGCUACGAAGAAAGCCCAACAGCAGGAGAUGGUUCAGGUUGAUCGCACCGAAAGAAGGAACAAUUCACCUUUUUGGAAGGCUAGGUCGGUGUCCCAUAAUCAGACCUCGUCCAGAACUCCGGAUUCCAACACUGUUGUUGGAGCUUCAUACUCCCAUGCAAAUAUAUUAUUAGGAGGACCCCAGCCGCAUGCUCGUCCACGAACACCGCCUCCAGUGACUUCCACCAAUCCACCGCAUGACACUUUGUCUCCACACCGGCCGGGUGUAUGGAUAUCAUCUCCUCGUACCUCAUACUCUGUUAUCAUGAACGGAGGGUUGGAAGCUUGGGAAAGUUAUCGGACGAACGAACGAGAAGAAGAUGAGGAGGAGGACGAUGGCGAUGAUGACGGGGAUAUUGCUUACGAUGAUGAUGAGGACGAGUUUGGUCUCCCGAGCCUUACAAGCAUGCGAAGAAAGCAGAAUCGAGCCACUGCUCCAAUUCAACCCAGUACUAUUGAUCCGGACAGCGAAAUAGGAAAACAUGAGACCCUCGGUGUUGGACUUGGUAACAACCGGCAACGAGCCAAUAGUUCCGACAUCGCAGAGGAGCGUGGCGUGUCAUUUUAUCCUACAGCCAAGAAAAGAGAGGGUAAAAUCUUACGUCCUCAGUACAAGGAAAUCUUGAGAGACCCUGCGCACGCCCUCAAUCUUAUAGAUCAUGCGCCACCACCCAAAAAUGCGUCCCCUAAAGAAAUGGAUACAUAUUCGAGCCGCAUUUCAAGAAUCAACAAAUUCAAACGUUUGCUACAGACAAGCACUGUCCCUCUUGCGGAACUAAGGAAUCUGGCUUGGUCAGGUGUUCCAGAAGAAGUGCGAGCAAUGACUUGGCAAUUACUACUAGGGUACUUGCCGACAAACAGUGAACGGCGCAUUUCCACCCUUGAAAGAAAACGCAAGGAGUACUUGGACGGAGUUCGACAAGCGUUUGAGCGAAAUGCUUCAAACUCCGGUAGUCCGCCUUCAUCCGUCACAGGACGAGGUAGAGGGUUAGACGAAGCAGUCUGGCAUCAGAUUAGCAUAGAUGUUCCUCGGACUAGCCCUCACAUCCAGCUUUACAGCUACGAGGCUACCCAACGCUCUCUAGAGAAGAUACUCUACGUCUGGGCUAUUCGUCAUCCCGCCAGCGGCUAUGUUCAAGGCAUCAAUGAUCUUGUAACACCUUUUUGGCAGGUGUUUCUUGGUCUUUACGUCACCGAUCUCAAUGUUGAGGAAGGCAUGGAUCCAGGCCAAUUACCCAGAAGUGUGCUGGAUGCGGUAGAGGCUGAUUCCUUCUGGUGUCUCACCAAACUCCUGGACGGCAUCCAGGACAAUUAUAUUUAUGCGCAACCUGGCAUUCACAGACAAGUUAGAGCAUUGCGUGACUUGACAAUGCGCAUUGACUCUACGCUGGCUAAACAUCUAGAGCAAGAAGGAGUGGAGUUCAUGCAAUUCAGUUUCCGAUGGAUGAACUGCCUGCUCAUGCGCGAAAUGAGCGUGCAAAACACAAUACGAAUGUGGGAUACGUAUAUGGCCGAAGAGCAGGGCUUCUCGCGCUUCCACCUAUAUGUGUGUGCGGCAUUCCUUGUAAAGUGGACAGAUCAGUUGGUGAAAAUGGAUUUCCAGGAGAUUAUGAUGUUUCUACAAGCUCUGCCGACGAGAGGCUGGACUGACAAGGAUAUCGAACUUCUGCUAAGUGAAGCCUACAUUUGGCAAAGCCUUUUUCAGGACUCUCGCGCCCAUCUUCGCCCGGCUGGAGAUCGGUCGCCCGAGAAUGGCUUUCAAUGACGGCUAUCGUAAAUCAUUAAGUUUACCUUGAGCUCGCAUACAUCAU